GUUGGGUGGAGAUUAUUGGCCGCGUCCUUUUUUUAUUGGAGGCAUUACUUCAAACCUCUAGUUAGAACUGGGGUUUGGAGGAUCUUUGCUUUUGGAAAGAGGGUCGACAUUUCAUUGCUGACCUCCAUUUGGAAACACAGGAUGCCGGAGCCUGCUAAGAAGUCAGUUUCUGCUUUUGUGAAGAAGCCGAAGACUUUGGAGGUUGCAGUUGGAGAAAAAGCUGUUUUUGAGGCAGAGACAGAGAAAAAGGAGACUAAGGUUAAAUGGCAGCGUGAUGGGGCUGAUAUCACAGCCAGUGACAAGUAUGUCAUCACGGCAGAUGGGAACAAACAUUCGCUCACCGUCUGCAGUGUCACCAAGGAGGAUGAUGUGGUUUAUUCAGUCAUUGCUGGGAGCUCAAAGGUCAAGUUUGAGCUUAAAGUUAAAGAGCAACAGGAGAAAACAGAGAAUGUUACCACGGUGCCCACUGAAGGUGAAGUUUCAAAGCCAGAAGGUCAUGAGGAUGAAGUUCCGGCUGACAGGCAGCAAGCAAACGUGAGGCAGGAUCUGAUCGGCCUGUUUCUGGAGAAGCCGCAAAGUAGCGAGGUCACAGUGGGUGAGAACAUCACCUUUUCUGCCAAGGUGGCCACGGAGACCUUGCUGAAGAAGCCAACUGUUAAAUGGUUCAAAGGCAAAUGGAUGGAUCUGUCUAGUAAAGCCGGCAAGCACCUGCAGCUCAAGGAGACAUUUGACAGAAACACAAAGGUGUAUACUUUUGAGAUGCAGAUCAUUGGUGCUAAGCCCAACUAUGCCGGGGCCUACAGGUGUGAAGUGGCAACCAAGGACAAGUUUGACAGCUGCAACUUUGAUCUCAUCGUUCACGAGGCGCGUGCCCCAGAGGGAGUGGAUAUCCGCACGGCUUUCAGGCGCACUAGCUGCGAUGGAACUGAUGAGGCAGGAGAGCUCGACUUCAGCGCUUUAUUAAAGAAAAGAGACAGUUUUUUGAAGUCCACCAGCAGUGCUGCAGCCGUCAGCUCAGAACCGGAUAUUGAUGUCUGGGAAAUCCUUCGCAAUGCUCCAGCUUCAGCCUAUGAGAAGAUUGCUUUCCAGUAUGGUAUUACAGACCUACGUGGCAUGCUGAAACGGCUGAAGAGAAUGAAGAAGGAAGAAAAGAAGGGAACAGCUUUUCUAAAGAAGUUAGACCCAGCCUAUCAGGUAGAUAAAGGUCAUAAAAUUAAGCUAAUGGUGGAAGUGGCCAAUCCGAAUGCUGACGUGAAAUGGCUGAAGAAUGGACAAGAAAUUCAGAUGAGCGGCAGCAAAUACAUCUUUGAAAAUGUGGGUAACAAAAAAAUCCUCACCAUCAACCACUGCUCGCUGGCUGAUGACGCAGCUUAUCAGUGUGUCAUCGGUGAUGAGAAGUGUUUCACAGAAUUGUUCGUUAAAGAGCCGCCUGUCCUGAUCAUUCAUGCCCUGGAGGACCAGAUGGUGAUGAAGGGGGAGAGAGUGGAGUUUGAAUGUGAGGUCUCUGAGGAAGGUGCACAGGUCAAGUGGGAAAAGGAUGGAGUUGAACUGACUCGUGAAGAAACCUUCAAGUAUCGCUUCAAGAAAGAUGGGAAAAAGCAUUACCUGAUCAUUAAUGAUGUAACAAAAGAGGACUGUGGACACUACAGGGUGAAAACCAAUGGGGGAGAGUCUGUAGCCGAGCUCUUGGUGCAAGAAAAGCAACUGGAAGUUUACCAGAACAUUGCUGACCUAACUGUGAAGGCCAAGGACCAGGCUGUGUUCAAAUGUGAGGUGUCUGAUGAGAAUGUCAAAGGCGUGUGGUAUAAGAACGGUGUGGAAGUGAAAGCCAGUGAAAGAAUUCAAAUCACUCACAUAGGCCGAAUUCACAAGCUCACCAUCGAUGACGUGAAACCAGAAGAUGAAGGGGACUACACGUUUGUUCCGGAAGGCUAUGCCUUUAAUCUUUCGGCCAAACUGAAUUUCCUUGAGGUGAAGAUUGAUUAUGUUCCUAGACAAGAUCCUCCUAAAAUCCACCUUGACUGUGUUGGCCACACUCCUGAGACUACUAUUGUGGUAGUGGCUGGGAAUAAGCUUCGCCUGGAUGUUCCAAUCACCGGAGACCCGGCUCCAACAGUUGUCUGGACCAAGGCAAACACGGGUUUAACUAGAACGCUGAAGACUGAUGAUCCUGCAGACCUGGAUAUUGUUGCUGACUUGUUGAAAGACGGGCAAGUGAUCUCCAACAAGGAUGGCCGGGUCCAUGUGGAGACAUUCAAAGACCACUGUGUCUUCACCAUUGAAGGAGCAGAGCGGCAGGAUGAAGGGCUCUACACUGUGGUGGUGAAGAAUCCUGCAGGCGAGGAUAAAGCAGACAUCAAUGUUAAAGUUGUGGAUGUCCCUGAUCCUCCAGAGGCUCCCAGAAUCCUCAGUCUGGGAGAGGACUGGUGCAACAUUGAGUGGGACCCACCAGCCUUCAAUGGUGGCCAGCCAGUCCUAGGCUACGUACUUGAAAGAAAGAAGAAAAAGGGUUACCGGUGGAUGCGGCUCAACUUUGACCUUCACAAGGAGCUGACCUAUGAAGCAAAAAGAAUGAUUGAGGGCGUGGCUUAUGAAAUGCGGAUAUAUGCCGUCAAUGCCAUCGGCAUGUCACACCCAAGUCCAGCAUCUCAGCCCUUCAUACCAAUUGCACCACCCGGCGAGCCCAUGAACCUGACUGUGGAUGAUAUAACGGACACCACUAUCAAUCUUAAAUGGAGACCCCCAGAGCACAUUGGAGCAGCUGGCCUAGAUGGUUACAUCGUUGAGUACUGCAAGGAGGGCUCCAAUGAGUGGGUGCUCGCCUUCAAGGACCCCGUUGAUAAAAACUCUGUUACUGUCCGAGACCUCCCGACUGGAGAGAAGCUGCAGUUCCGUGUCUGUGCUGUCAACAUAGCUGGGCCCAGUGCACCAGUCACUCUCAACCAGGCGGUCACUGUACGUGAAAUUGCUCAACGCCCUAAGAUUUGGAUGCCACGCUCCCUCCGGCAAACCCUGAUCAAGAAAGUCGGUGAAACGAUAAACCUUGUCAUCCCUUUUCAGGGAAAGCCCAGGCCUAAAGUUACCUGGACAAAGGAUGGACAACCUCUGGAUCCCAAACAAGUCAGUGUGCGCCAUAGUGACAGUGACACCAUCCUCUUCAUCAGACGGGCUGAGCGCAAGGAUUCUGGCCAGUAUGAAGUUGUGCUUCAGAUUGAAAACAUGGAGGAUAAGGCCACUAUUGCAAUCCAGAUCAUUGACAAGCCUGGUCCACCGCUAAAUCUGAAGGUUACAGACAUCUGGGGCUUUAACGUAGCUUUGGAGUGGAAACCACCAAAGGACAAUGGCAAUUGUGAAAUCACAGGCUACAAUGUGCAGAAAGCAGACAAAAAGACAAUGGAAUGGUUCACUGUGUUUGAACACUACCGCCGCACCCAUUGUGUGGUGUCUGAUCUCAUCAUGGGGAACGAGUAUGUGUUCAGGGUGUUUACUAUGAAUCUCUGUGGCCCCAGCGAGCAGCCCUGCACCUCCAAAGACAGUGCCUACAUACAGAAGACAGGUAUCGUGUACAAGCCUCCAUCCUACAAGGAGCACGACUUUUCAGAGGUGCCUAAGUUCACUCACCCUUUGGUCAACCGGUCUGUCAUUUCUGGAUAUAAUGUGACCCUUAGCUGUGCGGUCAGGGGCACUCCCAAGCCUAAGGUGACAUGGUACAAGAACAAGAUGGACAUCUCCAAUGACCCCAAGUACAGGAUGUUCAGCAAGCAGGGGGUCCUAACCUUGGAGAUUAGGAAGCCAUCACCCUUUGAUGGUGGCAUGUACAUCUGCAGGGCUGUGAAUGAGCACGGGGAAGCCGAAGUGGAGUGCAAGUUGGAAGUACGAGCACCUCAAUAACUGCUCUCCAGUAGUCCCACUGACUAUUAAGAAGAAUUCUGUUGAUGGGCCCAUGGACUAGAUGAAUUUCCCUAUGGAAUUCUGGGCAUUCAAAAUUGCCCAGUAUUUUUGCAGAGCAUUUUAGUCACCAGCUGGACAAAGCUGGGUAGAGAAUACAUCGGAGAGUGACCACUGUUCUAUUUCUGUCUGAUGUUCUGGGGUUGCUGUGCGCACUGAUUGUUUGUUGAACUGUUAGCCAAGCUUUGAAGGCAUCCUGCACGUCAUUUAGAAACUUUGUACAGUGUGGUCUCAAAAUAUAAAAUAAAAGAUAUGAAAACAUUGCAACAA